GGCCAUGGCCGCGGCGGGCGAGGGCGGCGGGAGCCUCCCCUCGGGGCGCACCGGCGCCGUGCACGACGUGCCCCUGCGGGUGAUCGCCCGCCCCAUCCCGCCGGCCCUGGAGGAGAGCAAAGUGCAGAGCCUCAUGCGGACCCUCCAGGAGGAACCUGACCGUGUGCCCCCGAUAGACGUCCUGUGGAUCAAGGGCAGAGAGGGAGGCGACUACUUCUACUCUUUCGGAGGCUGUCACCGUUAUGCGGCGCACGAGCGUUUGAACAGAGAGACCAUCCCCGCGAAAAUCAUCCGCUCCACCGUCAGCGACUUGCGCAUUUACUUGGGCUCUUCCCUCCCGGAUUUGCGCUAGCCGGUGCGUUGGGAACACCGCCGGCCCACAGGGGCUUUCACAAGAUAACUGGGCAGGCGGAAAAGUUGCUCUUAUUCCACGCCAGGGUGGAUCGCUCUCCCUCCUGGAUCUUCUUGGCUGGGUUGAGAGCUGGCCCUUCUCUGCCGGACACAUUCGGCUGGUUUGACUAAGAAAGCCAUGGGCACAGAGCUGUUCUCCGGAUUCCAUUACGCCCCUUGGCUCGCUGUCGGGAUCUGCCACAGGGGUAGCUUGGGCUAAAACUCCAUGGGGUUCUUGUAUCCAGCCUACUCUGACUGCAGUCUGUUUCACUCAGAUUUGCAUGCAGCCGGUUGUAUCAGCCAACAGACUGGGCGCAGACAGCACAAUGGCCCAUACACAAGGGUUGUGCAUGGGUUGAGUACAGGUUGCUGUUGUCUGAACCCAGAUGAGAUAAUAAACCAUAGUUCAAGAUCCAAUAGCCAGCCCACACUUUAUAACCUAAUAGCAAACCAUGGGUUCUCUUCGUGGGUUGUCCAUGGUGAACAAGCCAUUGUUUGUUAGUGCAGCUGGGUUUGGACAACAGGAUAAUCCGUAUUUCAAAACAACCCAUGGCUCAACAACUACCCAUCCUCAGCCCUUGUGUGGGUUGUCAGAACCCUCAUGUUCAGGGCCUGGACAUUAUAAUAGGUGAUGGGUGUUACCUGAACGAUGGACGUUUGUGCCAAGGAGGUCUUCUGCGAGCUGCAGGAAGGUGGGAACGGUUGCAGACGAGAGACGGCCUGUCCUGGAUACUUUUCGCCUGCUCUUGACAGCUUCCACUGUGGGUAAUUAGAGACCCUCAGGCUCCUUCCGGGCUGAACCCUCCCUCUCUGCCCCAUAUCCCAGUUGUCACUGUUGGAAAGCACAAGAUGGAGAUGCCUGCCACUUCUCUUCAGUACCUGGAGUCCCUUGAAAUAACCCCGCCAGUCUCUCUUGACUAGUCAUCGAGGCAUUCCUUACUCCUUACUCGGGAUGUGAGAUGUACAGGGCCUCUGCAGUGGUGGCCACAGCACUGGCAUUCCCCCCACCCCCCCAACAAGGGACGCCUCAAUCAGCAAAUUUCGGUGUAGCCCUCUGGCCAAUUAGCAUUGGUCUAGCUCAGGUCAAUUCUCCUUCUGGCCCUUGCAAUAAUCUGAAAUCUGUUCCCUUUAAAAGCUUUUUAAGUUGCAAGGAGUUUACUUUUGUGAGACACUCAGUUUUAAGAAACAAAAAACCAGGGGCUUUAAAAUGUUGCUUUUAGAACAACAGUUUUGCUGCAAUUUGAUGAGAAAAGGCCUUCCGCACCCAGCACAGGCCAGACAGCUGUGUCUAAACAGGAAUUGGGUUGUUCCCCUAUUAUUUUAAAAUGACUGCUGCCUCAAGAGUCUUUGAGAAUCUGUUAACAAACUAGUAAGUAUUUAUAAAAUGUGUCUCCUUCCUUGUACGCCCUCAUACAUCCCUCAAGAUCUGCGGGAGAAGCCUUGGUCUGGAAACCCUCUCUAGGAGAGGUAAAAAGGUUAUCAAUUCGGGGUAGGGCCUUCUCUGCGGUGGCACCCAGACUCUGGAAUGCACUUUCCAGAGAGGUAUGCCUGGCGCCAAGCUUAUACUCUUUUCGGCGCCAGGUCAAAACCUUUUUAUUUGAACUGUAUUUUAAAAUCAACAACUUUUAACGUUAAGUCGCUCUCGUUUUGUGAUUUACUGUUUUGUCUUAUAUAUUAUUCUAUUUCAAUUUAGUUAUUAGAAAUUGUUGUAGUUUUAAUUGUUCUUUUAAACAUUGUAAGCCAUCCUGAGAUUUUUAUAUAAUAGGACGGCAUAUAAAAGCUUUUAAUAAUUAAUUAAUUAAAUAAAAUUAUAGAA